UUGUUAUCUUCCUUAUUGUGAGGAAUAUGUUCAUAUAAGGUCACAGCACCGAUCUGAGGGCGACUCCUGGUCGAGGUUUAACAAUCUUCUCUCCUCCUCACAUCGUUCAGUGACUCGUCCGUCUGAAGAGAACUCAACACGUCUGACGACUUCUCCAACCAAGGAGAUGGCCGCCCGGAGCCGGAUCACGGUUCUGCUGCUGCUCUUCCUCCUGUCGACUGAACACAGUUUUGCUGUGAACCUGAACGAACUUGAACCGCUGGUAGACGAACUCUUGAGCAAGUACCGUGCAGAAGGUGUGUUCAGUCUGGCCGUGAGUAUCCCGCUGAACCAGAACCAGGACCAGACCAAGAACCAGAAACAGGGUGCUUACCAAAUCCAGGAAGUCCUCGAAAGUGACCCUGCUGCCAACGUGGAGAACAAGAUCAACAACGGUGAAGUGUACGUUGGCAGCAGGGUGGUUGCAGCCAAGCCUGGGGGUGGUCUUCAUGCAGAGUCACGUGUUGUGGACAAAUUGAAUCAGUUGUACAAGAGUCCUCAAUUCAAUCAGGAUGAUUUGUUGCUUCUCUAUGUUUAUGCCUCCCCGUGUGUUGAACAAUGUACAGAUGAAGUUCACCCGCUAAGCAUCCUUAGAGGGUUAAAUGAAAUUCGGCGUUGGAAUAAUUGGGCAGUUGUGUUUUCUAAAAUAUUCAAGCCCAGUAAUGGUCAUGAGAACACAGACAUGGAGCGCGUUAGAGCCCUCAGGCGACUUGCAACGUAUCAAGGUGACCUAGGUUCAGUUGGUCUACAGAACAUCUUCCGCUGUGACGGAGAUGAAAACCAACAGAUGAAGUGUGUCAGCUGCUCAAGUGACGGUCAGGUGGCACAGACAUGUGUGUCAGACGGUCCUCAGUCAGGUAGAGGUGCCUCCUCACAGGGGGGGGCUCAGGCUGAUUGGCUAACCCCCAAAAAAGGAAAAGGGGACCGAGUAAGAAGGGACAUCAGUUAUAACACAGGUGACAGCUCUGCUCAUAUCUCUGAGAGCAACAAGGGAGCUGAGGACGCCCCCUCAGUUGAUGAGAAUGGAAAUGAUGUUGGUUCUGAUGAAGGCAAAGGAAGUGAUUUAAGGACGGUAGUGGACAUAUUGUCCCCUCACAUCGGCUUUGAUUCUGGAGAUGGAAGAGUGAGCAAGGGCAAAGGAAAAGUGAGCAAGGGCAAAGGAAAAGUGAGAAAGAGCAAAGGAGGUAAAAGGAGAAGAGGGAAAGGGAAAGGGAGAAGAGGAAAAGGGAGAAGAGGUAAAGGAGUGAAAGGAAAAGGGAGAAGAGGGAAAGGAGGACGAGGAGGGAAAGGAAAAAAGAGCAGGCGAGGGGGGAGAAGCAGAAGACGGGGUUUGGACCAGGACUGGAUUUUUGCCUCCGAUUUUUGAGAAGCAAACAAAUGAACCUUUUCUGAACGACAGGACUGAGUCUGAGUUUAACACAACUAGCUUUGCUAACAUGAUCACGUGAUAAUGCCACGAUUAGCACGUUAGCUGUGCAGCUAACCAAUGAGGCUUUGAGCUUUGAAGGAAUUAAAUGUAUUACUUUAGAAUUGUAUUGAGGUUCUUUGAUUGUCUGUUAAUAGAUAAACUUUGACAAUAUUAAAAGAUAAAUGUAUAAAGAUGGACGACAUGACAGCCACAAAAAUUAAAACCAAAGCACCUUGAUCGCCCCCUGGAGGCUGGCUGCUCUACAGGUCAUAAACUCCUCCUCCUCCUCCUCCAUGUUAACAGAUACAAAAAACUAUAAACAUUGAAUAAACAUCUCUUAGAGAUUUCAGUCACUUCAGGUCGUUCUUACCUCAUUGAUGAUGGUUCAAGUUUUCCUGAUCAGUUUGGUUUAUUUAGUUAUUUGAUAUAAAAACGAGACGUCCACGAUAUUUGGUUUCAUUUGUGGACAGAGGCCGAAGUGAAGCUGCGUCGUUCAUCUUUAUUUACAGUCGAUCAUCUGAACCAACAUCCAAGACAACCUGCUUAUGUAAUCUAUAUAAUCAAAUCUAUGUAAAAUGCAUCACUGAUUUUCAUGAUGUUCUGUUUUCUCUUAUUAAAGCUUUGCUCAGCAUCAA